GUGUGACUUAACUGAUAACCCGACUUAGAACUUUUCCCUCUAUGAGUAUUCGAAUCCGUGGGAAUUUCAUAUUACGCAAACGAAACGCAAGUUUCAGUAUCGCCUGUAUAAGCAAAAUGUGCAGAUAUUCGACUUUAUUCGAGUACACAAUAAUAGUGCUCCUUGCCGCUUUUGCUGGAGGUACAUUGAUGGAUGAUCAUCAACAGGUGGCGCCACCUGUAGAUAGACAAAUUAAUGCACUGGAAGAUCUGAUUAGUCAAAACAACGAGAAAUUGCUGAAAUUGGAGGAUAGAAUAGAGGCUGAUAAAUCUGAGCUAAUUGAAAUCCAGGCGGACUCUUGUGAGGUUCGCAUUGCGAAAAAGGAUGUUGAAUUAGAUGCUUGCCAGGCACAAGCCAAAUCGGAUGCAGCUCGGCUCAAGGAUAACGAACGUCAGAUCUCCGAUUUGGUGUAUAAUUUGACAUAUUGUCAAAUCACUUCAGUGGAUUGGUUAGAUCAGUCCAAAACUGGAAAGAUCAAAGCUGCUGGUGAAGUGGAACAAACAACAGAAGUAAACUUAGGACUUACGGAUAAGGAUCGAGAAAUAUUAGAUCUUCAGAGACGCUACGAGGAGCAGUUAAAGGAACUGCAGGCUGCAAGAAGCAAGCUGAAGGCUUACGAGAAUCAGUUUGACGAGUUCCACCCGAGCAGCUGUUUGCCAUUCGGCAGCACCACCGGCAUCUACAAAAUAAAGCUGCCUGGCAUGGAAUCCUUCUACGCACCUUGCGAUUCCCGCUUCGCAGGAUCCGGCUGGUUGGUAAUCCAACGUCGCAUGGAUGGCAGCGUCAACUUCUUUCGCAACUGGACAGACUAUCAGAGGGGCUUUGGUGCUCUAACUGGAGAGUUCUUUUUGGGCCUAGAGAAGCUGCAUCGAUUGACCUCGGAGUCAACCUACGAACUGUAUGUGCACCUGGAGGACUUUGAGGGUGAUGUUCGCUAUGCGCACUACGAUAACUUCAGCAUUGGCAGCGAGCAGACCUCCUAUGAGCUGAGUUCCCUGGGGAAUUACGCUGGCAACGCUGGCAACUCGAUGGGCUUGAAUGUUCUUCAGAAAUUCUCCACAUUUGAUAAUGACAAUGAUGCCUGGCCGGAUGGCAAUUGUGCCAGGCGAUAUCACAGUGCCUGGUGGUACGAUGCCUGUGCUGCCUUCUGCAAUCCCAAUGGCAAGUACUUUAAAAAGCGCAAACUGGACUGGAAUACUCGUGGCAAGGGCAUUAUUUGGCAUCACUGGCAUGGCUUUGAAGAGACCCUCAAAUUCGUACAGUUCAUGAUAAGACCUAUAUCAAGAUCACAUUAUUGAGAAUUCUUUUUAAAUUUAUGUAUAAUAUAUAGUUUUUUUAUUUUACCAAAGUCUAACUCCAACACUGAAUAAUACAAAAAUUGUUAUGGAUUUUAAGUUUAUCUGGGAAUAAGUUCCAAUGCAUAAUAAAAUAUUUUUGUAUAGUAUAA